GGACCCGUCACACCGGCACAGGGUGAUGCGGCACUGGGGUGUUGUGGGGGGCGCGGCGGCGGCGCUGGCGGCGGGGCUGUACGUGCUGUGGGGGCCCAUGGGCGGCAGGAGACGGCGCCGGAGAGGGCUUGUCCCAGGCCUCCUGAACCUGGGAAACACGUGUUUCAUGAACUCCCUGCUCCAGGGCUUGUCCUCCUGCCCCUCCUUCAUCAGGUGGCUGGAGGAGUUCACAGCCCAGUAUAGGACAGAGCAGAGCAAGUCCCAGGAGCACCAACACCUUUCAGUCACUUUACUGCAGCUCCUCAGAGCUCUGUCCUGCCAGGAGGUGACAGAGGAUGAUGUCCUGGAUGCCAGCUGCCUGCUGGAAGUGCUCAGGAUGAAUAGGUGGCAGAUCUCCUCCUUUGAAGAGCAGGAUGCCCAUGAGCUGUUCCAUGUCCUGACCUCUUCCCUGGAGGAUGAACGGGACCGGCAGCCCCGUGUGACCCACCUGUUUGAUGUGCACUCCCUGGAGCAACCAGAAACAACCCAAAAGCAAAUAAGCUGCAGAACAAGAGGAUCUCUUCCCCCUGUGUCAAACCACUGGAAAUCUCAGCAUCCUUUCCAUGGGAGGCUGACCAGCAACAUGGUUUGCAAACACUGUGAGCACCAGAGCCCUGUGAGGUUCGACACCUUCGACAGCCUGUCCCUGAGCAUUCCAGCAGCUGUGUGGGGCCGUCCCAUGACACUGGAUCACUGCCUCCAUCACUUCAUCUCCUCCGAGUCUGUGAAGGAUGUUGUGUGUGACAACUGCACUAAAAUCCAGGCAGAAGGAAUUCUAAAUGGGCAGAGCAUAGAAAACCAGAGAACAACAUUUGUAAAGCAAUUAAAGUUAGGAAAGCUGCCACAGUGUUUGUGUAUCCACCUGCAAAGGCUGAGCUGGUCCAACCAAGGCACUCCCCUGAAGCGACAUGAACACGUCCAGUUCAAUGAGUUCCUGGUCAUGGACAUCUACAAAUACCGAGUUCCUGUGCAAAAAUCCAGCCACAAAACCCCAGAGGAGACCCCUGGAACAAAGGAUGGAACAGCAGUGAAAUCUCCAGAAGCAGAACAAACCCCUGGUACCAAACCACUCUUCAUGAAUGGUGCCUCCUCCUCCUCCUCCUCCUCCUCGUUUUUAAUGUCCCCAGGAACUUUUCCACUUGCUGCAUUCCCUGAGUGCAGCGCCCCGCUGUACCUGUACCGGCUGAUGGCGGUGGUGGUGCACCACGGGGACAUGCACUCAGGGCACUUCGUGACCUACCGGCGCUCGCCGAGCCCGCGGGGGGCCCUGGCGGUGCCCGGGCAGUGGCUCUGGGUGUCGGAUGACUCCGUGCGCAGGGCCAGCCUGCAGGAGGUGCUGGCGGCCAGCGCGUACCUGCUGUUCUACGAGCGCGUCCACGGGCGCGCCCCGCAGCGCGGCCCCGAGGAGUGACCGCGGGACAGCGGCUGCACAAAGGCGGGACUGCAACUCGCUCCAACUCCUCCCAGCUCCACGUGGCACCUGCUCUGCAAACCGCCCCCAUCCGAGGUUCCCCUUCCCCGGGAGUUGUGUUUUGUACCAAAAGUCGCCGCCCGAAGCCGCGCGGCCCCAAA